AUGACAACAACAACGACAACAAAGUCAAAAAAAAUUGUCUACAGCAACAACAAUCCCAACAUCAGCAACAACAACGUCAGUAACAUCAGCAGUAGUAGCAGCAACUACAUUAACAACAACAACAACAACAUCAAUAAAAACAACAUGUCAUAUAGUUAUCACAAAAACGAGUUGUACGCCAAUGAUUUUAAGCUCAACAACAUCACCAAAAACAACAUUCUAAAACACAGCAACGACAACAACAGUUUAAACAACAUUAACAACAUCAAUAACAUCUACACAAACAACAGAAAUAACCAUGACAACAACAAUUACACUAAUAAUUCUACCAUCAACAACAAUACUUCUGUUGCGAAAGACAUCAACAACAACAUCCACAACAACAACAACAACAGUUACAUCAACAACAACAGCAGUUACACAACCAUCAACUACAACAGCAUUAACAAUUACAUUAGCAACAGCAAUUACAUUAACAACAACAACAAUAAUUACAUUAACAACAACAACAUCAUGAGCAAAGAUAAUUACAAUGAGAUUGGCGAUGGCAUAGAUGAAGGCUUGCUAAUGUGUCACGAUCUAUACAACAAUGUAACCCUCCCAAACGGUCAGAACGUAUAA